GGUCCCCAAAGCGCGCUCUACAUCUCCUGGGGCUCCCUCCUCUUUCCGCAAAAGUACAUCGACGUGCUCAUCCACGCCCUGCUAGAACAAGACCAACUGAUGCCCUUCGUCUUCGCAGCUUCGUCUUGGGACGCAGUCCUCCCCCCCUCUCUGAAGGAAGAAGUGGACCAAAGCGGGAGAGGGAUAAUCGUCCACUGGGCACCGCAACAAGCUGUUCCCGCGCAUCCCGCACUAGGAUGGAUGUUAACCCACUGCGGCAGCGGGGGGAUGUCCGAGUGCCUUACCCGGGGAGUGCCUCUCCUCGCCUGGCCUCUCUUCUGGGAUCAACCAGCGCACGCUCUCUGGCUGAGUCAAGUGCUCGACGUGGCGUUCGAGUUCCUGCAAGUGAGGGAGGGGCCUGUGAAGGGCCUGGCGUACAGGGCUGGAGGGCUAAAUGUGGAGGGAACGAGGGAGGCGGUGCGUAGGGAAGUGAGGGAGGUGCUGGGGAUGUGUAGAGGGGAAGAGGGGAGGAGGAAGAGGGAGAACGCACUGAGAGUGAGGGGGAGGGUGUGGGAGGCUGUUGGGCAGGGAGGGCAGGUACAGCGACAUUUGGAGGAGUUGGGACGGUUCUUGUGGCGUGGGAAAUGA